AUGGCGGACCUUGCCCAGAUCAAUCAUGCCAUACGGCUGUUUUACUCCAGGGAUGACAAGGUAAGUUCUAUUGCUAACAACGCCUUGAGAAUUGUUGUACAGAAGCGCAUCAGAAGAGACCCCACGGCCGAAGACAUCUGCACGUAUCUUAAUGGAUCGAUGGAGGAAGAUUUUGGAUCGAAAGCCACCGACAUCCGCUCAGUCUGGACAAGACUGAGAGCCACCACCCGCCGACUCAGGACACGUAUCCCUAUUGAGUGGUCUCCAGGAGAGAGCUCUCCCAUACUCACCAUCAACGGCAGCAUAGUUAACAAAUCAACCUGCUCAAGCACCCUUAGCAGCCUGAUCCGUCUGAACCACCUACUCUCCCUGCACCGCAAGCCCGACCAGGGCAAGGCGUAUAAAAUUACCAGCGCUUGCCGGGAGAGUAACCACUUCAUGAAGGAAGGAAAAUACACCCACUUCGCCGACUGGCGAUUCGUUCACCGUGCCCGCCUCAGUGUGGUACCCCUCCGUGGGCAUAGGAGAUUCGGAAAUCAGCCAAAAAGAUGCAGGAGGUGCAGCUAUAACAACGAGACGCUCGCACAUGUACACAUGUACUUUGCCACUGUUGCCCAAACAUGGUGGCAAUAA